CCUUAAUCCCUAUUCCCUACCGUUUUACUCCAUUUUCAAGAGAAGCAAAUGUCGGUGCUUAAUCCUCCAUAGCAGCUUCACUUCUCUUGUUAAUGGAGGAACUCUUUCUCUCUCCUCAUUACACCUCAAACUAAUAAUGGCUCAACACCAUUACAACCCAACUACAAAGAAACCCACUUCCACCAUUUCUCUCUCUCUAACUUCCUUCCUCUUCAUCUCUCUCCUCUGCUCCAUCUCUCUCCUCCUUGCUUUCUCUCUCUUCAAAUCAUCCAUUAUCUCUCCUCCUUCUCAAAACCUUCAAUUCCAAUUAAACCCCACAACAUCAGAGCACUGCGAUUUCACUGAUGGAAACUGGGUUUAUGAUACUACAAUUGAAAUUGGAUCUUCUACACGUUAUGAUCAUACUUGUAAAGAGAUUUUCAAGGGUUGGAAUUGUUAUUUGAAUAAUAAAAGCAAUGCGUUGGAGAUUUCUAAGUGGAAAUGGAAGCCCAGAAAUUGUGAUCUUCCUAAUUUUGAUGCUCGGAGAUUUCUUCAUAGGUUUAGGGAUACUAGUAUAGGAUUUAUAGGGGAUUCACUGAACAGAAAUAUGUUUGUUUCCCUAUAUUGCAUGCUGCGGCAAGUUUCGACUGAUGUGAAAAAGUGGCAUCCAGCUAAAGCAGAUCGUGGGUUUACUUUUCUUCAGUACAAUCUUACCAUUGCUUAUCACCGGACAAAUCUGUUAGCACGUUAUGGUAGGUGGUCACCCAGCGACAAUGGUGGAGUGCUAGAAUCUCUUGGAUACAAUGACGGGUACAGAGUUGACAUUGAUGUCCCUGACAGCAAAUGGGCUGAAGCUCCUAGUUUCCACGAUGUUGUCAUCUAUAAUACUGGACACUGGUGGUGGGCUCCUUCAAAAUUUGAUCCUGUGAAGUCACCUAUGCUCUUCUUUGAGAAAGGGAAGCCUAUAAUGCCUCCAAUAGCUCCUGAUGUUGGUUUGGAUUUGGUCCUGAAACACAUGAUAUUAUAUGUGGAAAGCAAAAUGCGACCUGGUACAAUAAGAAUAUUCAGAACACAAUCCCCAAGACAUUUUGAGGGAGGUGACUGGGACCAUGGUGGUUCUUGCCCACGCGUAAAGCCUAUGUUGUCGCAAGAAGUUGAAGAACUUUUCGCAGUGGAGAAUAAUGGAACGAAUGUAGAAACACGCCUAGUCAACCAUCACUUGUACAAGGCCCUCAAAGGAUCUAGUUUCUAUGUUUUGAACAUAACUCAUAUGAGUGAAUAUAGAGCAGAUGCUCAUCCAUCAAACGCUGGUGGAAAGAAGCAUGAUGAUUGCAUGCAUUGGUGCUUGCCUGGCAUUACAGAUACUUGGAACGAUUUAUUUGCUGCAUACUUGAAUAAUGUAAAAGACCAAAGCUGAUAUUUUCUUUCAUUAUCAAUUCAUUGUUUGGUAUU